CUGUUCACGAGUCAGUUGAGGGAGGGCAUCUAUUGCCUCAGAAGGCAGGAUUAGGUUAGACGGUUAAGACUAGGUGGACUUAUUUGAGACAGAAACAUGAUAUGAGGAGUAUGCUUUUGAAGUCAUGAUACUUCAUCGAUCGGUAAGAUUCAAUAUCCGCUCUCUCCGAACGAAUGACUUUUAGUCUUGAACUGAGUUUGGUUCCUGGAUCGUCGGGGAUCGUUUAGUAAAUCCCAACGGUUGGCUCUGAAACUGUAAUGCCAGAUUCGAGACCAAUCUUCUCUAACAGGUCGGAGGUUUCACUAAUGGAGAGUUGUUGAACGUGAUCAGCAAAGUUUAUUAGAGGUGCAUAUGGUAGUGGUGCUCUCAUGAGGCGUCAGGCUGUUUGUCAAUGGAAGAAAGUCGAAUGACCAUCACGAGUGGUGGGUGUGAUUGAAUAGACUCAAGAACUCCGGCAACUUUGGAUUCUAAUAAUGUGAGCCCUGACUUAUUAUCUAAUAUCUUUGAACACUUUUAUUUGCAAGUUUUAAUGUUCUGGGUUCUGCGUUUGUCACCCAGGUUGUUGGUUGAUGAUGAUACCUGUACCUUAGUUUGAGGUACCUACCUAAGUAGUCAUGUCUUUAACGAUCACGUGCAAACGAACUAGUACCGGGAGCAACAACUUCAACUUCACGAUUGGCGACAAGUUUUUUCUGUACAAUACCAGACACCAAUGGUUUUUUACUUUCUUUCUGCUUUUCCUGUAACUAUAAAAGUGAUGAGCUGUUCAAUAUCCUUCCAUCUUGGCCAAAUCCGGCGAUCAGAGAGGACGGCGAGACCGGACCUCAGCCAUCUAGAUUCUCACGACACGGAUCUUCUGGUAAUCAAAAAUGGAUUAGGAUCCAAUUGUGGCUUUACAUAGCAAAGGCUAGUAGCGCUAAAGAGGCCUAUUGUGCGAAUAUGAUCGACCAACACAGCACCAGCAAGUGCUGAAUCCACAUGAAGAACCAGCUAGCCACAGGUAUGCUGGGCCAGAGCCACGAUACCACUAUUGUGUUGUUUGUCCUCCAUCGUGGAUCCGAUCGAAAAGUAAAGCUUUAUUGGGGGAUUUGGAAUAUGACCUUGUUGUAGAUCCAGUGUUAUCUGGUUUGGGGGGUGGAGAUUUCCCACAAGGACAAACUGGAAUCUUCUCAAGAUACACCCCUUGGAUAUUCUGUCAGAUUUACUCCUGCUCUAUUCAUGUUAGGCUCUACAUGUUCUGUCAUUCAAGAUUGACAUGUCACAAGUUAAUGGGAAUUUGGGAUCUGUGUCAAAACCUUCAUGGUCACAGGUGGUAUGAGUGGGUAAUACUCGGCCUCGCCUCGUUACUGACUCUUCAACAAGGACCUAGACCUCUGUUGUACCUGCAUCAGAAGCUGCAGUAACAGGCGGGAGAGCUACAGGCCCCUUAACGCCUCCAAAUCCAUUCCGAGAGCCAACCACCAUCGGUCGCGUCUGGACCCUUGGCGUCCCCGCGUGUAUCAAGAUUCACCUCUGAGAGUCUGUUACGCUCCAUUGAUUGUCGUAAGAUCGGCCUCCCGCGCCUCUUCGUCUCUCACUCUGCCGACUAGACUCAAAAGAUCAAUCCACUAUAAGGGACUCAACUCGUCCACUUCUCGAUCUACGCCCGAAUCAGCGAACGAGGAACUUACCCGUCUGAGCUGUUUGAAUAGUCUCAUCCUUAGCAGAACUGGCCGAUUGAUACUACCUUCGAGUUCGGCGUGUGUUAGGCGCUCAGUGGCGUCUGUCUACGACUCUGCUUUGGGAAGGGUUGUUCUUGUUGUGCCACGAGCUCCUGGGUGCACUGGCGUCUCUUGCAUCAUGAUGUUAUUCAGUAGAUUUGUGGCAUUUUGGAUGGGCACGGGGCUUCCGGUUCCUGGGACUAUGGCUGACAUGGCUGAGUUUGUUAAGCUGAUCGAGAGGCGAGGAGAUUUUGCCUUGGCGGUCAUGGAACCAUCGCAAAGGAUAAAUAUCCUCGAAACUCCCGUUCCGUAACCAGGCUUUUCUCAUCAUCUAACAGCAGCUUCUCAAGUAAUCAGCUUACUCUCACACUCUCUUCUUCGGAUCACAUUCUUUCUUGUAUUUGCCCUGGGGCACCACUCUCUUUAAACAUCAAGACUGCUUGCAACGACACUGAGGCACCAGAUACCCGAUCUCACUUACAACAGCCUCGACAGCUAUUUGCAACUUUCUAUCCUCUCAUUUGAUAACAAUAACAGAAUCAUGUUCUCUUUUAGAACCAUUGUCGCUGGUGCGACUAUCGCCUUGGCUGGCAUGGCCCAGGCCACCCACAUCGACUACCCACCUUGUCUUGACCCUUUUCAGCCCUAUGUUUCAUCUGGAUGUUACAUGGAUGGCGUUGAGGGUCAUAUGGGUGGUGCACUCAUCUACCGCUCCGGUCAGAACCAGUACAACAUGACUGUCGAGAAGUGUGUUGCCGAGUGCAAGGGUAACGGCUUCCGGUACGCUGGUCUCAAGUACUAUGGUGUCUGUUACUGCGGUUCCACCGUUGGUGGCAUUCAGCUUCCUGAUAGCCAGUGCAACUAUCCUUGCACCGGUGAUAAGACCGAAACUUGCGGUAGUGACAAUGCCUUCUCCAUCUGGCAGGAUCCCACUUUCAAGCUCACCAACCUUGGAGGAGUUGUUACUCAACUCCAAGGAACUGUCCAGUCUAUCGCCGGUUAUAAGCCCAACGGUUGCUACACUGACAACUCCUCCAAGGGCCGCGCUCUGACAUGGCCCAUGGAUAUUGAUGGUUCUCAGAUGACCCCCACUAGUUGCUUGACUGCCUGCGCUGACCAGGGCUUCCCUUUUGCUGGUCUUGAAUAUGGUGGUGAAUGCUACUGCGGUAACGUCCUGGCCAACGACACGGUCAAGGCAGAUGUUGGUGACUGCAACGUUCCUUGCAACGGUGACAAGACCCUGCUCUGCGGUGGACCUAGUCGUUUGAGUGUCUACGUUGCUGAGGAUCUGCUUUCUCUUCAGCCAUGUGGCUGGAAGCCCAGCAACUCUGCCUCUGCCUCGGCUUCCGUUUCUCUCUGGUCAUCUACCUCUACCACUUCCGCUGCUACCUCAAGUGUUGCUACUUCCAGUUCUUCAAGCACCAUUCCUGUCAUUAGCUCCGAAUCGAUUGUCACUAGCUCUUCCACAACAUUGAGCACUUUGACCAGCACUACUGCAAAUGGACAGUCUUCUACCACGGGUCAGCCUUCUGGUCCCUCUGGUCCCUCUGGUCCCUCUGGUCCCUCCGGUCCUUCUGGUCCUUCUGGUCCUUCUUCCACUACCAACAAACCUCCGGGUCCCUCCAACCCUUCUUCCACCAACGGUAAUGGCCAGUCUACCACCAACAAGCCUUCCACUACAUCCUGCAGCACCACUACUGGUCCUGCUAUGUGUACUUCUACCGUUGUCGUACCCAACACCUGCGAGUACAAGUGUGGUAACUGGUGUGCGCCGUCUGUCCCUGACUUCCAGGAUCAAAACAGUUGCCAGACCGCCUACAACAACUGCGCCAAGAACAUUGCUGCUUGCUUCCAGAACGCUGGCUGGCCCGGCGCUCUGAACUGCUUCGAUUUCUCUAAGUGGUGUGAUGGUGUCCAGGGCUAUUGUGCUUCUUCUUGCUCCCGUGGUCGUAGCUGCAACAAGCUUGGCUGCAUUAAGAACAACGCUCCCACUGGCGGAAACAGUGCCUCGACCACUACCAGUGUCUAUCCCUGCGCCGUCACCAGCACUUCCACGACUUCUUCGGCUGCUGUCACCUCUUGUGCUCCUCAGCCCACCAACAUUUGCCAGCAGCCCAGCUCCAACAUCUGGGGCUAUGGUCCCGGCAACCCUGUCGGUGGCAUUGAGCUGCCUCUGGUUGCCUGCAACGACUUGAAGAGCGACUUUUCUCAGAACCCCUUCAAGCUUUACACCAAUACCAACUCCAAUUCUUGCUCUUCUUAUCGCCGCAACCAGCAGUCCAGCGCUUGUGCCGACGCCUGCAAGGCUCAGUACAACGCUUGUGUCGGUACCUAUGUCCAGAGCUGCAAGAAGCUUAACACUCGCAGUGAUAGCAGUAACUACUUCGACAAGCGAUCUCACUCCCACUUCCACAAGCGUGCACUCGAGAAGUCUGGUAUCGAGCCUCGCUUCUUCAACCUAUUCGGUAACGACCAGUGGCAGAGCGCUCAGAAUAAGUGCUCCAUCCAGUAUGCUGACUGUCUCUGGGAGAACGCCAAUGUCAAUUUCAGCAGCCGCUGCCAGAACUUCGGCUCUGGUUUGUAAGGGAUGUUCGCUCAGUAAUCUGGAGUUUCGGAGAUUGGUGGCCAAAAGCGGUGGUGGUGUUUGGGUUUGAGCAUGGGAUGGGAGAUAUGGUUUGCUUUUCGGUUUGGUGUUUACUGCUGUUUCCACAUACACUCGCUUGGUUGUCGUUUUAUUGAUUAGACUAUCGUUCGCUAAACAGAAGCUGCUUUGUUUUGAUAUGCCAACCCCUUCUCUUCUCCUU